AUGGAUUCCUCUACAGAAGAAGCAGAUGAGACAAUCAACAUUUGUGCCCGCUGCAGGGAAGCUGCCACGAAAAUCUGCGAUGGUUGCCGUCAAGCGCCAGAUGCCGAAGGAGGACACGUCGAGUCUGUAUGGUACUGCAGCGUGAAGUGUCAGGAAGCUGAUUGGACGUACCACAAGAGCGAUUGCAAGAAGGCUCAGGCCCGCAAAUCUCUUUAUCGUGUGGCGGAGACAGCACAGCUCGCGUUCUUCCGUCUUGUCGAGCGCAUCUUCGAUCUGGACGUCGUAGGGUUAGAAGCCAAGGAAGAAACCCUUUACGUGCGAGAGGGGCCCAAGGAUCGGAGCAUAUUCAACGCAUUUCCUUCGGAGCAGUUGAACAGCGAUCAAGACAAGCAGGCUGCUAUGGCCUGGAUGAAUUGUGGUAGCUCUGAAGACUACGUGCAAGUUCUUGUUGAGACUAUGCUCCAAGAUGUCCCGUUCAAAGUGUCAGAGGUUCGGAUUCCGAAAGUCAAGUAUCUACGUCGGGUCGUCGUCAUCGAGCCGGACGGGCACGAAAGCGACAGCUCUAAAUCUGAGCACGUCAUGUUCAAGAUCACCAUCAACGAGGAUGAAGAUUACGCGUUGGAUGUCACCGGUGCUCAAUUCGGCUUCUACGAUCCCGUCACCCCAUGGGGAUCAUACCAGCAAACCCGCAUCGAAACACUGGGAAAGAUCCGACCCCUCAAGCAUCUUCAAGACAGCCACAGACUGCCCAGCGCCGGUUUCAGCAAGCAGAACGGGUGGGAUGCCACGAGGAAGGCUCUGAACCGUCAAUUCGCGAAGACCUUCGGCACCGCUUCAAAGGCCUGGCAGGCGAAGAACGGAUCACUCUCCGCCAUGCUCAAGCUGCGCGAGCAAACCUUCCGCCAGAGGCAGGGGGAGCUUCUGGACUUCAUCGACGAGCGUGUUGGGGCGAGGCAGAAGCAGCUGCAAGAGGCCAAGGAUCCGGAGAAGGAGGCUCUGCGAGCUUCGUAG